AUGUCCUCUCUUACAUUCUACGCGGCACCUGGUUUCGGAAAACAAUGUCAAGAAAUGUUCGGCUUUAGUGACGCAUGCAUCAUCGGUGACCGCAUGGUGACCACUGGGCAAAUCGGCGGAAAUCCUUUGGACAGGGAAGCUCAGCAGUCCAUGUCACUCGAAGAGGAGAUUGCACAAGCUUUUAAAAAUGUGAACAAUGUUAUCCUUACAACGCUGGAACAAGCAAAGCAUCCCAAGUUUGCUAUGACCAAGCAAGACAACAAGACGGGUUGGGAUAUUGUGGUCAAGUUGACGAGCUAUCAUGUAAAUCUGGCCGAAAACAGCACUUUGCUGCGGGAGUUAAUGGUGAAAAAUAUCAAAUUAUGGUGCCCCCGACACCAACCACUAUUCACCAUGGUAGGAAUCGAGAGCUUGCCUUUUGCAAGCACCAACGUAGAGCUUGAGGUGGAAGUUUUCUUGGGCUAG